AUGACGCCUCGUCGCUCGUUCCGCGCUCGAACAACACAACCAUCCGCCGCAAUGCAGCAUACAAAUUCAUCCAGCUCCUCAAAUUCCUUCAGCCGUGCUGAAAGAAGCACCCGCUCAAAUAACAAAAUUCCCUCUCCACACAUCUCUGCUAACUGCUCGCAGUCUAUGGAUGACGUCGAGCAAAAUUCUCGACCCGACCUCCCGCUAACGCGCCAUCGCCAACGAGGCCGCAAUAACAGUGAACAAGGCAAUGCGCUUCAUGCUCCUGGCGCUGAGGAAUACGACGAUGAAGAAGGUGAUGACGAAGAAAUUACCAGAUGUCUGUGUGGUCAGCAGGAUUACCCCGGCCUUCCUCUCAUCUACCAGGAUGGAGGAAGUUCCGGUGCCACGAAACUGGGCAUGAAGGAUGACUUGGCCCCGGGUGCCUCGGCCUCUGCUGCUGAGGAUAUGCAGUCUGAGGAACCGGGGAGCUUGUUCAUCCAAUGCGACUCGUGUAAAGUCUGGCAGCAUGGAGGUUGUGUUGGGAUUAUGGAGGAGGCCUCCAGUCCUGAUGAAUACUUUUGUGAAAUGUGUCGGAAGGAUUUGCACAAGAUCAUUGUAGCAUCCAAUGGUCAGAAAUCUUCUCGCUACCUUCCCGUGGUCGGAUCGUCGUCGGGAUCCUCCUCUCGUUCCUCCUCCCUCGAUAGCUCCAGAAACCUGAAAGAUAAAAAGGGUCGCGGCAGCUCAGGGCCCCUCAGCACCAAACGACGCUCAACCAUGAAUAGCCGCGAUGCGGCCUACGACGAAGAACAGUUGCGACGCGCGAUUGAGGAGAGCAAGGAAGACUCCAAAUCAGUGGCUGAUGACCUUGGAAGCCGUAGAGGCAAACGGAGCCGUAGUGAUAGCGAAGCGAAUAAACAAACUGCUAAACGACAGCGUACUGGAUCGCUCUCCUCUUCUCUUUCGAAACACAGCAACUCCCUAUCACAUCCACUGUCCGAUGAGGAAAGCAAACCCAAUAAUGUCCCCGAGGGAAAUGGCUCGAAGAAGACCAGAGGCGUGGUUCGAAACCAGCGCGAGAGAGAAGCUCAAGCCGCAGAGAAGGAGUUAGAGAAAGAGACGAAUGAACCUAUCAAUAGACGCAAAAGCCGAUCAGAACGCCGGAAAGACCCAGACGAGGAGCCCACCGAGACAGCUUCACCUACAAAAACCAUCGUAAAUCCUCCCAUCAUCACCCAAUCCGCUCCCGACACUCCCAGCAUAACAAACGAACCCUCAAAUACUAAGCCCGCCACGCGCAAAACCGGACGACCAGCCGCCCGUCGCGGCCGUCUAGGUCGAAACCAAUACACCCGAGACCGCGACUCAGUAAACGGCAACGACAUGAGUAACAACAUCAACUCCCCCCGUCGCGGACAAUCUCGAGACACGGGCAACGGCGAUUCACCUACAAGAGGCCAUCUAGGCGCAAACGGCAUCUAUCUUAACGGCGGGGAGUCUGGGAAACCGAGCAAACCUCGCUACAUGAAUCCGCAACGCACGACUAUGAAUGAUAUGAAGAGGCGGGUUGCUGCUAUUCUUGAGUUUAUUUCUCAGUUGCAGGUUGAAAUGGCUUCGAGCGCGAUGCAGACUCCCCUGAGUGGAGCAGGAUCGGCAACGAAGGAGACGGGGGACCAGGGAGUCAAUGGCGAGCAGACCACUGGCAGUGACGAAAAUACAGAGGCAAAUGGAACAAGCCCGCCGGCCAAGGAGAAGGAUUUUAAGGAUCUGACAAGUGUUGAGAUGAUGGAUGUCUUGACGCGGGGUCUGCUGAAAUGGCAACAGGAGUUUGGGAAGUAUGGGGAGAAGUGA